UAUUGUCCUUACCCGACGGUUUAAUGCAGAGGGACGGUCACAUUGGCCAGCGCCUUGACUGCGAAUCCGGGUUUUUGCUUGCACUUAUCUUUAUUUGUUUUGGUUUAUAACGCAUGCUGUGAUCGCCCGACAGCUGACAAAGAUUUGAGCAAAGUGCCUGGAUAACCAGCGGUCUGGAGCAUCUGGCGAUGGAGCAGGAUACGAGCGCACAGGCGAAAAACUUCGAUGUUCCCACCGACGCCGGGCUCAAAAUGGCGUCUGCGAAUUCCGAACCUUUGGCGUCGGCGACGCACGAGCUAAAAAUUAUGGACGUGGAGGGAGGUGCUGUGGUGGCUCCGGAUCCCGCCGAGGAAGUGGAGACCCCCAUGGUCAUCCUGGUGGAUGAUGACGAGGGGGACGCGGCCAUUGUGGUGGAGGAGGACGUGCACUCGAUGCCCGAUGACGCGGAUAUCGAGGACAUCAUGGACGACGAAAAUGCUCCAUUAGUGGCCGAGCUACAGUCCGCUCUAAAUAACCCAGACGACAAACAGGCUAGCGAGGAUCCCCUCCUGGAAGACCAGGAACGGGACCCCGAUACCAUGUCAACCAAAACUGAACCCUCUAGCGAUGCGGAAAGCAACCACUCGUACCACGAUCCUAUGGGCCUACUAGAGAGGAUUGACAACCAUGAUCCGGGAGACAGCCAGGAUGACGACGACGAUGACGAAAGUAGCAAUGGCGGUGGCGUUAACGGAUCAAUGCGCCGCAAGAUGCCCCGCGCACAGCGCUGGCUCCUCUGGAUGAAGCGUUGGCCCUGGAUCCUACACGAGCCCACCGAUGGCACCAUGGCCUUCUGCCUUUACUGCAACAUGAGCAUCAACGUUAACAACCGCUCCAGACACAUCCAGCAGCACAACAUGUCGCUCUAUCACCAGGAACGCGAGUGCAACUACCUGGCAUUCAAGAAAAGCGAAGAGCAAACUCGAGGAGCAACCAGUGACAACGAGGUCAAACACGAAUUUGGCACCAAGAGCUAUGUGGCUGCCAUGAAGCAGAAGCGAGUGUCCGAGACCGAGGCCUUUAACAACUUCAACUGGCUACGCUGGCUCCGUUGGCAUCCUUGGCUAGAACGUUCCCACCCUACAGGGACCAUCGGCACAUGUCGCAUCUGCAGCGUGCGAAUGAACGUGGAGUUUGUCUAUUUGCGAAAGCGCCACGAGACUACCAAAGGUCACAUGGAAGCCCUCCGCAACCUGGAUUCCGAUAAGCGGAGCCGGAAGCGAAAAAGAAGCAAAAGCAACAGCGAGACCGCUGGCUGCGACGAUGAAGACCAGCAAGCGAAGGAGAAGGAAUCUGAACCAGAAGCUGAUGCGGAGGAUGCUCAGGACACCACUGUGGUUAUGAUGAACGGCGAGGUAGGCUCGGGCGACGACCCUAGCAAGUGGUGCGAGCUGAUUUCGGACACCAAUCCACAGCAAUGUCGAUGUACGCUCUGCGACUGCACAAUGGCGAUUACCAGCUUCCUGCGGCAUUGUAAAACCAGAGUUCAUUGCCAUAAUCUAUUGGCACCCGCUGAGAAGGCCUCUUCUGAUAUUCGUGGCAUUUGGGCCAUGUUCGCCGACUUGCAUCCUUGGUUGAUUGCCGAUCCCGAAGACCCCAGUAUUGCGUACUGCAGCGUCUGUCGCAAGCGAUUCAUGUAUGGAAACUCGGAGAUCAAGCGCAAGAACCACGAGAACUCCGAGAAGCAUACCUUGGCUGUAGCCACCGCCAAGGCAGCCAUCGAAGUUGGGUUGGCUGUUGGCAAAGACGGCGAAAAAGACGAGUGCGAUGACAAGGAGGAAGAGGAUGUGGCCGUAAGUGAUCCAGGUCGAUCGGAGAGCGAGGGCAUCGAAGAUAACGACGAUGACAAUUGGUCCGAGACCCUAAAAUCCGGAAAAGGUUUUGCUAUCGAGCCAAGAAAGGCCAAAGUUCGCGCUGGUUUACGUUUUUACCCGUGGCUGUGCUAUUCCAAGGACCGAAAGACUCAGAUUUGCAAAUUCUGCCGCGUGCGUUUCCACAACGAAUCGGCAAAGGCGCGGCAUGAGUUUAGUGCCCGGCAUGUAAAGCUGGUGAAGCAGUUUAAGGUGCGGCAAGCCAAACUACCCCAGGGCACAAGCGCGCCAACUAGAAAUAAACGGGACGAUGAUGAAGAAUCACAGGAACAGGACGAGGAAGAUGGGGAAGAAGAAGAAGAAGAGGAGGACGUAGAAGAGGAUGCGCAAAGCAACUCCGAUUCGGGCACCGUGCAGGCAAGAAAGACUGCUCGAACGGCUAAUAAGCUAUUCGUCAAGCCCAUUCCGGCCACCAUGAAGGGCAAGGUAAUGGUGUGGAAGGGCCGAUUCCCGUGGCUCUCCUACAAAAAGAAUGAGCAGCGUGGAAACUAUGCCUGGUGCAAGCUCUGCGAAGUGUCCCUCUACCUACCAACAUCCAAGUGGGCAUCCAAGCACCAGAGGACUUCCCGGCACAUACGCCUUCGCAUUGAUCGAAAGCGCAAUGGUGGCAAUACUUUGAAAACAUCGAACAAAAACUCAGGUGAAAUUUCCACUGUUGUGGCCACAGCUUCGGCUUUGGCCAGCGGCGAGGCUAGACAGAAAGCGGCUAUGGCAGAGCUGCAAGCCAAGUACAAUUGGUUGGAUCCCGAUGCCACUGACGAGAACCACUGCCACUGCCGUGUUUGUGAUACCCGACUGCCGAUCAAGGUAUUUUACCUGCGCCAGCACGAUGCUUCGCGCAAGCACGCCGAAAAUCUGGAGCGGCACAGAGACAAUGCCGCCGCUGCCGCCAAUGCACCAUCAGUUAGUACCACUUCCACUGUUGAUGCGGAGAGGCAGGAGUUUGGAUUGGACAAGGAGAGCGAAAACGAUAUGAGCGUUCGAUCCGAUGGCAGCACCGCGGAACCGCUGGCGAAGCGAUCCCGACGCUCAAUGGAGGUUCGUCGCAUAAUACGCGCCCUUCGCGACUCAAUGGGUAAACGCCAGGAGGAACGCUCCCAUAUGGACAUGGCCAGAGACAUGAUAUGCUCGUCGUUUGAUAUUGUUUCGCGCUUGCGGACUUUGGAGCGGGAGGCAACCGCACACAACGAGUCCACGGCGCAGGCGACGUCAUCGGUAACAGUGACACCGGGUAAGCCACCGGAACCUCGACAUGUACUGGAUCUAUUUUUUGAUAGCAUUGCGCCGACCAUGAAAUCCCUGCCGCCGGAUUUAGCCGCAGAGGGAAAGUCCAAAAUCAUGCAGCUCGUUUGUGGCUUGGAGCUUCGCGCCAUGCAGAGAAAUGCGACAGCGCCCAUGCAUGCAGUGUCGGCAUCCUCGACAUUGUCUUCUCCAGCUUCGGUUACCCCAGUUACAACAUCUCCGGCUCCUAUUUCAACUCUCCAUGCUAAUGCUGAUGUAGAUAUGCAUUACACGUGUAUUACCAUCCCGGAUGAUGACAACACUGUGCAGAACAAUAAUAACGAGGUUGAAACCAUACAGAUUAAGCCAGCUAGCGGCACAUCCUCUACCCAAGUGACCAUCAACGGCAGCCACAAAGACCUGCCAGAGAAUAUACGCCGUAUCUUAAGUUCCAACCAAAUGCAAGUGACCAACCGCUACGAAACGGACUCCGUCCGUUGUGUCCCGCUGGACAAACUAACAACACAAAGUCUGGUCAAUGGAAACGGACGACUAAGCCAAGGUGGCUCUUCAGAUUCACCAUCCACCCCACAGGUGGACCUAAGCAAUGGUAACACGUUGGCCAUGCUCCGGCAGAUACGGGUAAACAAUAACAACAGCUCCAAGAUGAUCACCAUUACCAAGACGCCGCCAAUGCAACAGCAGAAUCAGGCACAGGGAAGCGUGACAUCGACCCCAAUAAUGCGGGGUGGUCCCAACAGCAACGGGAGUCAAAUGACAACGUUUCGGUCAAUGGUGAACCAGAACCGCAGGCCAUAGAGCUUCUAGGAAAUACAAAUCAUACGUAAAUUUAGUAUUUGUCAUUGUCAUUAUUUAAAUUCACCUCAAUCAGAUAUAUUUAACGUUAAAGAUGAAUAUUUGCAAGCAAUUAUUCGAAAUUAAGAUUGUCCACUCCUUUGAGGUACACAAGCAUUGGAGUUCCUUCCAAGAUAGCGCAUAGAAUACUGACCUCUUCAAAACGAAUCUAUUGCUUCCG